AUGCAAGAUCGAGACCAACGGGAGUAUGAGACAGGACAUCGAAGAGGUUACGAUAUGAGCAGCAGAUCGACGUCACUCGUGCGGACGUCGGGCUUUUCAUCUGACGCCCACAGGGGACAGUCAACACCUGUAAGAGACGACGAAGAGAAGGCAGAGGCAUGUCUCAGCACUGCUCGCGAAUGGUCUGUAGACUCGCACGCGCAGAGCGAACCAGGCUGUAGCGAUCGCGGAAUGUCAGGAGCUACGAAGAGUUGUUCAAGGCGAGCGUCCGUCUCGAGCACGUCUGCGCUGCCACCACGUCCGCUUGCUGACAGUUUUCGAAAGGACCCGAACUCACGGAUGGUUGUAGACAGUGACGACGAGUAUAGCUCUCCUUCGGGCGACAGGGUGGAAAUUGCACACAGAAGACCGUUGGAAAGCGCGAGGUUUGGAAAGUUCGAUUUACGCCAAGCCGGAUUUGCUAUUGGACGUGAUGAGUCCGUGGGUAAACAUGGAAGGAAAAGUGCGACUGGAAUGUCCCAAGUGAUGUGCCGAAUGAGUACAAAUGGCGUGAAGGGGGAUCAAAUGCGAGCGGCAUCGAUGGAUCGAACGCAUGCUUCUUUUGUAAAAGUCCGACGUGCUACAUGCACCGAGUAUACAGAGUUUGAUUUGGAGCAGGUUCAAGGACACGACAAGUCACCGAGCACGACCAUAGAAGCGAAGGAAGAUAAAAGGGUGGCGCUUCUAGCGGAUGCAAGACGGGGUGAUAUGAUGGAGGUUCUGGACGAUACAAAGUCACGACAGAAAGCCCACGUGAAGUCGUCAGAAGAGUCUGUCUCGAUUGAAGGUGGAGCACGCAGUCGCAAAGAGAUAUCGUUCUUUCGUGAUGAGCAAACGUCCUCUUCUGAUCUCAAACGUGAUGUCGACAGUGCGAUGGUAGAUUUGACCCCAGCGUAUCCCACGUCUCUUCAUGAUGAGAAUACGGAACUUGAUAUGAAAGAGACACCAAGGCAGGAGCCACUUCACGUUCAUUGUACUGGUGACCGAGAUCUAAUAGCUACGAGAGACACUCGAUUAGACAGGCCUAGCAAAGACUGUGAUGCAAUUUACCCCAGCUCGGGGAACGAGGGAGGUAUCGCAGUCAAUGUAAAGCUGGGAAGUGCGGAGGUUUACCACGAGCUGGGUGCAGGUGUGAGGGCAGCCUCUAGCGCAGCCGCUGAGAAACAAGAGAUACACACAGAUGAUCCAAUAGUUGGCUCCGCACCGAAGGCUAUAACAUACGCUCGCGGUGUGCAAGCUGAAAGCGACAAGGCUGACGAAGGCGAGAUGAUGGCAUCUUUGAGCACUACCGACCCCGCAAAACGGGACGUUGCGGUCGCUCAUGACAGUCUUUCCAACAGUAGUGUUGGCAAGACGGUCGCCUUACACAGCAAUUUUUCGAAGGAAAGCCAGAGAGGAGAUUGUGCUGUGGACAACGUUAGCAUUCAUGGCUUGCGUGGUAGGGGAGGUGGGCAAGAGAAACGGGCUAAAAUGGAACGCAGCAAAACCGGCCCUUGGUCAACUACGUUCCUGGGCUACGAUAAACCUCGGUUGACGUCGUUCUCAUCUCUUGGCUUGCCAAUCAUCCGUCGGUGCGAGGAAAACGAGAGUGACGAGGGCAAAAACCUUCACGAUGCUGAUUCGGCUUUUACGUGGGAGGCGGUGCGCGAAGAUAACCGGGAAGUGCAUACAAAGCAAAGAAAUGCAUCGCCGUGUUUGAUUGACAAGUAUCCCGCGGCGCAUUGCGAGCGCCCUGCACUCGAUCGUCCGGUCCCUUCCGAAGUGCAAACGGAAGGCAGGGAUCAUGAGUCGUCAGAUGUUUGGCAAGUGUCAGAACAACUUGAGGGGUCUAGAACUUGUUCAUCCUUGUUGUGUCAGUCAUCUUCUUCGAAACCUUAUCAUGUUACGGCAACCGACAGGGAGCAACAAGGUCAAGGCCGGCACACCGACCUGAAGAACGCCAACGUGGCGGAGGCAAUGGACAGCGCAGUGGGUAACGACUCAGUACGAUCAGUUUCUACAAGCGAGCGAUCAGUGGGGGCUAGUCGGAUUUCUAUCGAAGGCCACUUGAAUUUAGAUGCGCAGGAAGAGUUGCCGUCACUCCCCGAAAUUCCUCUUCCUUGUGGCGAAAAUCGCGGGGUCUCUUUACAGCGCGUCGCGGGAGCAGAAACGUUAACGAAACGGCACCGCCCCCGUUUGGGCUGGGGCCAAGGGCUUGUCGCGCCGUCGCCACCUCCUCUUGCAAAGCGGCCGCGUAUUGGUUGGGGUCAGGGUUUGGUACAGCAAAACGAUGAGCUGCAAAAUGCUGCGGCGGCGCUCGAGGAUAGAGGCGGCGAAUUCGUUCGCGAUGAGGACGUAGACGAUACGAAAACUGCUGUUGUGUCUUCAAAUUCCGAGUGCCAAGCAGUCAAACCUGAACGUGAAACAUGUGAGCAGGGCUUCGGAGGCCGUACUAAUCAGAACGACAAAGUUUGCGUCAAAGAGCUUACAGUUCCUGCACAUGAAAUGGAUACACAGUUAAAGCCACUUGCUGUCAACGAAGUCACUACACCUGUGGCAACGAAAGCAGAGAAAAUUGGUGAUGCGACGGCGUGGUCUAGUGAUAUCGCAAAAGAUGAUAUGGUGUAUGCAAAGCCGUCAAAAGAAGAAGUCCUUUCUACUAUAGACGUUUUGGACUCCGAUAUUGCAAGUGUGAAGAAGCAGAUCGAGGCGUUGCAACAAAAGAUAGCGAACGCAGAGGCCAGACAGAAGUCGUCGUGUGAGGCAGCCAGUACCGAAAUUGUUUCAGCUGGUAAGCCUGCUUGUGUUGUUGGCGCUGCAAGUGUGAGUAGCGCGACGACGGAUGUUACCAGAGAUGGUUUAUUACGUGCGCCUAUGGACGCUGUGCCCAGCCCGCCUUAUUUGUCGUCGCCUGUGAAAAUAGCAGUCGAUUCGAAGAUUGUCGAGCUGCUCGCUGACUUGUAUUCUGAAAACCUACGUAAAACGGCUGCUGCAAACGAAGCAAUACCAAAACGGAUUGAGCAGGGUCAAUUGGCGACGAAGAUAUAUCAUCAACCUCGUGAUUAUCCGUUUUAUCAGGAGAAUAUCGACCGCGGGAUGUCCAUUUCCAACCAAGUGCAUUUGAAGGUUCAAAUGCGGAAUCGUGCCCGCCACGAAUGCAUGAAGAAACUAGCGCGGGAGUACAUGGAGCUGAAGAAAUCGUGGAAACUGGAAGUAAAGAAAAUGGAGAAAGAUCGAAAGCGCCAGGAUAAGCUACGCAUGAAACAGCUCCAAAAGCAGAAAGUCAAGAGCAUGAGUGAAAGCGGACCUAUUCGAACAACUAACACCAUCCACCAAAGUCCUCAUGUUCAGCAGUUAGUUGCAGCUGAAAAGGCAGCUGAAGCCGCUGGUGAAGGUACAAUAGUGCGAACUUCGUCUCGACUAACGAACAAUUCUUGCGCUGACUUGGAGAACAGCGAUUUGGAAAAAAUUGAGCAGGCAAAGGCGCAAGCUGCUGUUGAUCAAGAAGUUCGAAAGAAGAGACUGAAAAAUGCGUUGUCGACUGUAAUUCCAGACAUGCUGCUUACCUUAGAAGAUCGGCAACAACGCCACUUUAUGCGCUUCGUCAAUGGCCAAAGCUGUAUGGCUGACGGGCUUGUAACGGACUGGAAACUGAAGGAAAAAGCAGAGAUGAAAGUAAACCCGUGGAACGACUUGGAGAAGUGUAUCUACAUGGACAAGUUUCUGCAAUUCCCGAAAAACUUUCCUCGGAUUUCAUCCUUUUUGAGCAACAAGACUACUGGAGACGUGAUAGCAUUUUACUACCGAACAAAGAAAGUAGCCGACUACAAGGCACUGCUGCGGGAGCAGCAAUUGCGGCGUCGCGGAGCAGGGUCAAAAAACACUUGGAGCUGCUGGAAUCUAUCAGCAUGUGCCGCAAUUUGCCUCGGCGUUCAGUUUCCAGGACAUAUCGCCAAGUUGUUGCUGCACCCCUCAAACUUUCGCUCUCACCAGGCUUCUGACAAUAUCCUUAAUUCGGCGGGUGCCCAGCGUCUUUUGCGUAGCUCAACAGUAAAGACCGGGAGAAGUAGCAAAACGACUUCGGAUCCCAGCGUCGUGAGCGUGAGCAAUGGUGUUAUAGGUACUGAAGGUUUGUCUGUGCUGGAUUUGGUAUCAGGGUCAAAUCAUACACCGUUUGUCAGCGCAUCAGAAGCAGGAGUCGAGCUGAACGAUAUUACUGAUUUGGGGGAUUCAGAUUCCCUGAGCGACACAUCAUUGAAUUUGUACACCCAGCAGCUGCAACAGUUUGUUGCAGGGCAACAACGGCCGUUCCUGGUCGAUUAUACGUCAUUGCUCACUGAUAAUUCGUACUGCACGGGAUAUGAAGUCUCGGCUUUGUCUAUCGAGGAACGGCUACAGAAACACCCGACGCCGAGUAAGGAACUUGAGUCUGCGAUCAGCACGGUGAUGAUCGGUGGUACAUGCGCGUCCCAAGAAAUUACGAAGGGCAAAGAGAGAAGUCUGACAUCGUGCUUAAAUGUUAAUCCGAAAAACGGAGGCACAUCUAUGACAAAGAAAGAACCAAAGCAGCAGCGGAAAGUGAAAAAGACGCAGGAAGGAGUUCACACAUUGACGACUGCAAUAGCACCACUAGCUUCUCCACGAAUAGCUGGAAAUGGGGGUGGUGAAAAAGCGGUGAGUCACAGCAGAAAGAAAAAUGCUGCGAAUCCUGUUCCAGGCCUGGAUGCUUCGAUGGCCGAUCACAGUGCGCCUUCUAUAAUAAUCCCUGAAGAAGAAAAGGUUUUACACAGCGGCAAGAAAUUGGGUCGGAACGCUAGUAUUACUUCCGGUGCACGUCGGAGCAAUCAUCAGAUAAGUGCUGCGAAUGUGUCUCCGAAAGCGAACAUUGUGUCAGUGGACGGAGAGAUAUCAACAACAUCAGACUCAGCCCCGUUUGAAGGAGCAGCAAAAAAUGGUUCUGAUGGUAUUGCUACACCUCACGCAAACACAAAAGCUUCGUCCCCGUCAGCAAGUGCUGUGCUUGGUGGUAGUAGCAUCAAUGCUGGUGCCCCUGCAAAGCGCGUGGUGCAGAAGUGGACUGAAGGAGAGAAGGCAGAUUUUCUGAAGUAUUUCUCGCAAUUUGGGAAAGAUUGGGCAACACUUACGGAGAACAUCCCUUCAAAGACCGCUGCUCAAAUUAAAAAUUAUUACCAAAACUACAAGAAUCGACUGAAUCUUCAGGAUAUACUGAAACGUCGGAUAGAAAUUGCGGCAGCCAGUGGAGGUGGAGGUGGCAAGGGUGUACUACAUUCGAUGACGCCUACUUCAGCCGUGGUGAGUGAAAACGUCACCGCGUCUCCUCGGUCCGCUGCUGCUAGCUUGAUGAGCGGAACGUUGCGACAAGGAGGCCGCUCAAUUGAUCAGUCCGGAGGGCUAUCUAUGGGAAUGCCUAGUGGGUCAAUGGCAACAAGUGCCGGUGAUGCGAACAUUUCGUUCCAGGCCGCUUUGAGUGCAGCUCAACCAGGGUCACACGGCGCGAACGUGUUGCCAGAACAGUCGGUCAGCAGUUUUGGCAUGCAGGCUCACCACAUGCAGCAGCAGCAACAUCAUUCUCGCGAAAUGGUAAACUCGGCAUCCAAUUCAGGGCGUUAUUUGAAACUACUCAAUAUGCAACAUCAACUGCAGCUCAUGCAGUUUCAACAGCAGCAAAAUUCACAAGGGAUGACGUCGGACGGCACGGGAGUGGAUAGCAGCAAUGCGUAUCAUGAAAGCCAGGUGCAAGCAGCAAACGUACAGCGACUGUACCAGUUUUCGUGUCAGCAACAGCGUCAAGUGCACCCCCACCAUUUGUCGAUGCAAGCUCUGCAGCAGAUGAGUCUGCAGAGUUACUCGCAAAGCCCGGCGCACAACCAAGAGCUGCACAUUCCGAUGCAGCAGCAGCACCAACAGCAGCAGCAGCAAAUACGAGGCGCCUUUGCUGAAACGGCACUUCCAAGUGGAUUGUACCAGCCCAUGGGGCAUAUGCAAGCUCAGCAUCCCCAAGCCGUAGUAGUCGGGGCGCAAAUGAGUAUGUCCCCAGCAAGUGCCCAGCAGUACGACAGGCCGAUGGAUUCUAGUACAGAAACGGUGAUGGGUGAAGGAGGUGGAUCGGCUAGGGCCAAUGCUGGAAGCUCUCUAGGCAUGAUGGGAGGCCACGACGCCUCACAACGAUCAAUGUUGAAUAUUGCCAUGAUGAAAGGGGCAAUUGGUGAUAGUGCGAUGCUUCAAGGCACCGCCACUGAUAACCCGCGCCAACUGACGGCUGCUUCUCACUCAUCUGCGGUGGAAAGCAAUAGACCGCAAGAAGUUGAGGCGCGACAACCUGUGUGGCACGCUGGUCCGGUGGGAAGCCCAACAAAUGCUGCAGCUAAUGCAAGCCUAAGCCCACAUGAGACUCCAGCCACUCAUGCUUCAUCUACGGCACGGGAUAGUGCACCAACGGGCCGUAGGAUACUUGUACCGACAGGACCACCUCCUGUGCAGCCGGUUCGUAGUCGAAUGUCGUUUUCAUCCAUUCUAAAUGAGUCAGAGUCGCCGCGGGACGACGCUGUUCUUCGAGGAAACGGUUCGAUGGUGGUUCGCCAACAGGAAUCUCCUCGCAUGUCGGAACAACAACGCCGCCAAGAGCAUGAACAACAGCAGCUAGGCCAGCAGCUCCAGCGUGAACAACAACAGCAGCGGGACCAGCAACAUCGACUACAACAGCAACAGAUGCAACAUCGACAGCAGCCACCACUUCAUCUUGAGCAUGCGCGGGCGAGUCCGCCGUCUUCUGCUGAGUUGGCCCAGUCCCCGAUCCCUGUUUCGAGUCCGACCGCGCACCUGCUGCCACGAAGAUCUUCCGUACCGACCUCGCACAAUCGGAUGGGCUUGAUGUCUAGCCUUCUGAAUAUUCCGUCGCCGGAGCGCAGGACGCCAACUGCCGGUCACCAGUCAUCCUUGAUGCAACAGAAGCAAUUGCAUCGCCAAACGCAGUCGAUUCGAUACUACGACACUAGUGCGAGCAAUGUAGAGGGUGCAGGGGUGGCAACGAUGGUGAGUGGGAUGUCUGCGUCGUCAGGUAUGUCAUCCACGAUGGUGCGUUCGAGUCCCAACGAGAAGGUUGGUUCAAGUCAGACGAACAAACCAUCAGCUCAGAUGUCUGUGCUGUCACGUACAUCUUCGACCUCGUCAGUCGUGUCAAACACGCCGCCACAAGGAGAUUCGCGUGCUCAACAGCAGAUAUGGGGCUACGCACCUCAGAUGCGCUUUGAAGAAGCCGAGUUACUGCGGCGAGCUCAACGUGCAGAAGAAGAAGCUGCUCGUGCGGCUGCGGCUGCCGCUGUCGCUGCUCGUGCCCUACAGGAAGCACAGCAAGCACGGCAGCAAGCUCUGGAUAUGGCUGCCAACAUGGCUCGAUACAACAGUGCGAUGCAACAGCAGCAACAAGCUCAACAGCAACAAGCCCAGCAACAGCAAGCCCAGCAGCAGCAAGUUCAGCAGCAUCAAGCUCAGCAACAGCAAGUUCAGCAACAGCAAGUUCAGCAGCAGCAAGCCCAGCAACAACAGGCUCAGCAACAGGCUCAACAAGCUCACCAACAGCAGCAGUAUCAGCAACUUCAGCAGUACCAGCUGCAAGCACACCACCAUCAGCAAAUGCACCAACAGCAACAUGAGUAUCAGCAGCAGCACCAAGCCCAGCAGCUCCACCAGCAGCAGAUGCAGCAGCACCAGGCACUCCACCAUCACCUGCAGCUGAUGCAGCAGCAGCAACAGCAGCAACGCUCUGCAGUGUCACCCAGCGACCAUCUUCUUCAGCAGCAGCUGCAUCAACAGCAGCUGCAUCAACAGCAACAAAAACCUCCUCCGCGGGGGCCGUAG